GACUUUGUGGUUCCUACAACAACAAAGCAGAAGAUGAUUUCAUGUCAAGUCAGAAUAUACUGGAGAAGACAUCUCAGGCAUUUGCUAGCUCUUGGGAAAUGAUGUCCUGUCCGAAAGGAAACCCCUCUUCGUGUAUUAGCAUAGAGACAGAAAAGUUUGCUGAAAAUAACUGUGGAAUUCUUCUUGAUUCAAGUGGGCCUUUUGCUUCUUGUCACUCAAUUGUGAACCCCAAAUUCUAUCAUGAGGAAUGCAAAAAAUACACUUGCUCUUGUGAAAAGAGUCAAGAAUGCCUGUGUACGAUUUUAGACAACUAUGUCAAAGCAUGUGCUGAGAAAGAAACAUACAUGAUGGGAUGGAGGACUGGACUGUGUGAACAAUCUUGUCCAAGUGGCCUGGUUUUCAAGUACAAUGUAAAAGCCUGCAAUCAUUCUUGCCGAUCAUUGUCGGAGAGAGAUAGAAGCUGUGAUUUAGAAGAUGUUGCGAUUGAUGGAUGCACUUGCCCCAGUGGAAUGUACCAGAAUAAUGAAGGAAACUGUGUUCAGAAAUCUCAGUGUGACUGCUAUGUAAACGAUGAGGUCGUGCAGCCAGGCAAACUCAUCAAUAUUGAUGACAAUAAGUGUGUCUGCCAAGAUGGAAUUCUUCUUUCAACUCCCAUUGAUUUAACCCUGCAGAAUUGUUCUGGAGGGGCGGAGUAUGUAGAUUGCAAGGAUCCCAAGGCACAGAGAAGAACUGACAAAACAUGUAGCACUAGGAACAUACCUGCUUUUGAUGGCGACUUGCCUUGCAAACGUGGGUGCUACUGUCCAGUAGGAAUGGUUCGAAAUUCAAAAGGAAGCUGUGUCUUUCCUGAUGACUGCCCAUGCUCUUUUGGUGAACGAGAAUAUGACCAAGGAAGUGUCACUUCGGUUGGCUGUAAUGAAUGUACUUGUGUGAAGGGAUCUUGGAACUGCACACAAAAUGAAUGCCAAACAACCUGCCACAUCUAUGGGGAAGGACAUAUUAGAACCUUUGAUGGAGAAAGUUACAGCUUUGAUGGUCUCUGCCAGUAUACAUUUCUUGAGGAUUAUUGUGGUCAAGAAAAUGGUACAUUCCGUAUUUUAACUGAGAGUGUUCCGUGCUGUGAAGAUGGGCUUACAUGUUCAAGAAAAAUUAUAGUUGCCUUUCAGGAUCAGAACAUUAUCUUACAAGAUGGUAAAAUAACAGCAGUCAAAACCACAGAAAGUAAGGAAUGUGAGCUCAGUGAAAACACAUACUCCGUACAUACUGUUGGCUUGUACCUGAUUUUGAAACUUCUGAAUGGAAUAGACCUGAUUUGGGAUAAGUAUACAAAAAUGUCUGUGAUACUGGAUCCACUCUGGCAGGGCAAAGUGUGUGGUCUUUGUGGAAAUAACAAUGGUGAUGUCAAGGAUGAUUUUACAACAAGAUACUCAUCAGUAGCUGCCGGAGCACUGGAAUUUGGAAAUAGUUGGAAAACAAGUCAGGAGUGCUCAGACACAGUAACUCAAAGUUUCCCAUGUGACUCAAACCCAUACUGCAAAGCCUGGGCUGUGAGGAAGUGUGAGAUCCUCAGAGACAGCACCUUCAGGGACUGCCACAGCAAGGUUGACCCCACCGCUUACUAUGAUGCUUGCGUUGAGGAAGCCUGUGCGUGUGAUGUGGAGGGCAAAUACCUUGGCUUCUGCACUGCUGUCGCCAUGUACGCAGAGGCGUGUAAUGCGGUUGGAGUCUGUGUCUCCUGGAGAAAGCCAAACCUCUGUCCUGUCUACUGUGAUUAUUAUAAUGCACCUGGGGAGUGCAGCUGGCAUUAUGAACCGUGUGGUACAGUGACGGCAAAAACAUGCAAAGAUCAGGUCAUUGGCCAGAAGUUUUCUGCACUUUUAGAAGGUUGCUAUGCCAAAUGCCCAGAAAGUGCGCCCUAUCUGGACGAGAACACCAUGAAAUGUGUCCAGCUAUCUGAGUGCAGCUGUUUCUAUAACAAUAUUAUACCAGCAGGGGGUGUUGUCCAAGAUGACUGUGGAAGAACAUGCUAUUGUAUUGCCGGGGAGUUGGAGUGCAGUGAAACUCCUCCUACAAAUUCAACAAUUACAGGAAUUACACUGGUUACCAGUAGCUCAAGCAUAG